AUGUUGGAUGGCGAAGGCAAGGUAUCCAAAUAUGCAAAGUUCUUGAGGAUCGGGCUUACCAACUUGAUGUCUCCAUUCUUAGCCCUACUGCGCGCGCUGGGGGAGCGCGACGAGGAGCGCGCCGACGACGUUGCCGAGGUAGGACGGGACGAGGGACCUGCUGAUGUAUUAUGCUAG